UCCUUUUUUUCUUUUUUCUUAUUUCUUUUUUCUUUUUUCUUUUUGACAGUCCUUCGUUCUAUCUUCUUCUUCUUUUAAGCCCGCAAUUAUUAAAAUAUCAACAGAUAAAUAGAUGGUCUACGAUCUACAGCCAUAGUGGGUGAAAAAGGAGAAAUUCACUUAAAAUUUUCUAACCCGGUGAAUAAAAGGACGAUAUAAUAGAUUCGGUGGUCGCUGAAUAUUUUGAUCUCUCUAGGUUAUUUUUUUCCUGUUGUUGUAUUGCGAAAUAUCAAAUAUUGUUGCAGCUAAUAGGUAGGAGAAAAGAUUAGGAUUUUGUUGUUUGGUCGGGUUUAGGUCUCGAUUUCAAUCCAUCCAUGGAGGUUGCGAUGAGAAAAUGCGUAUGCGUAUUGUUGCUGAUGUGUGUAUUUAUGGAAUCCGCGAUGUCGGCCGGAUUUGCCUCAUCCUCCAUUUGUGGAGUCGAUUACAAACCUUUUCUUCACAAUCUCAAUUCUCGUUGCCCGUUUGCAGACCCCUUCUCUUCUUCUCCUAUCGAGUUGGUUAUUAUAUAUAUUUUCAUCGUAGAUACGCUCCGUGUUAUCAAUCUUGUUGGGCUGCUGAACGCAUUGUUGAUUGUUGAGUUCUCAUUUGUGGUGGAUGAUGAAUCAUUGGAGAGAGUGAUGAGCUCCAGCCUGAAGAAUGAGUACACUGCUGUUUUGUUUUAUGUUUCCUGGUGCCCUUUCUCAAGCAUCUUUCAGUCAAAGUUUUCUAUUCUGAGUUCAGUGUAUCCGCAGAUCAAACAUGUAAUGGUUGACCAGUCUUCAGCCAUGCCAAGUGUUUUUUCUAGAUAUGGGAUUCACAGCGUGCCUACCCUGCUGAUAGUGAAUCAGACAACGCGAAUGAGAUAUCAUGGUCACAAAAAUCUCCAGUCACUUAAAGAUUUCUAUAAAAGAUCAACAGGAAUGGAUCCACUGGUUGAUAUGGUUGAAAAUACAUCAAAAAGUGCAGAAAGUGGUAAAAGCGUGCCCCAACUCUGGAAUCGAGCCUCAUUCGAGGAAACAUUCUUGAGGGAACCCUAUCUUGUACUUUCUGUGGUAUUUAUCUUUUUAAGGGCUUUUCUGUAUAUCUACCCAGAAAUUGCUUCUCGUCUACUGGCACUGUGGACAGCGUACAUUCCUCAUCUGAAUUUGGAAAUUUUUGGCGAGUCAAAGCAGCUCUUGGGGCAUAUUCUCCAUUUGAUUGAUGUCAAGAGAAUUUGGAGCAAGCUCAAGAUUUGUAAAACGAGAAACUUCCACAGAGGAGCCAGAAAUGCUCGAGUUUGGGCAUCAUCUCUAGCCUCAGUGUCACUUGGUGAGGCCUCGUCAUCUAGAGUUUAUGCUUCUACUUAAUCGUGCGAGUUCUUUGUACGGUGGUGCUUGCGCUUGUUUGUGUUUUUCUCCACUUUUUUUUUUAUUAAACUUUUCUCUUAUCUCGUUUUCCUUAUUUUUGUAAACUUUAGUACUUGAAAAUUGCGAAGAGCUUUCGGAACUUCCGACUCUAGUGGGAACUCAGAGAAAUUGUGUAAAUUUGAGAUGUAUAUUAUGUUAGUUUUUUAAAACUGCUGAGACUUUUGGAUUGUCUAGUGCCGUAGUGACAAUGUGAUGCAUUUGUGAUUUAUUUUCUCCUGUGAAGUUCGUGUCGUUUUACUUUUGUUCUACAAAGAUAAUAUUGAUCAGAGCAUUAAUUAAAGACUCAAUUUCACCAGGCCGGUCUGAAAC